CGUUAAAGGCACAUUUGCUUCCCCUUGUGUCCCUAUUUCAUUGGUCUGAUGCACUGAGAUGAUAAUGAAAUAGCUGAAACCUUAAAAAUAAUAGAUACUUUUUUUUAAUGCCUUCUGCUUUAAGAUUAGCUCCCCUGUCUCGAGAAGUGGCCCAAUCUCAGACUCCUUCUUUAGUCACCUGAUUCAUCGCACUGCCAUUUUGCACAUAAGUUUGACUGACACGUGCACGCACGCACGCACGCGCACCACCAGCCUAUGGGGCGACCUCUACAGAGGAAUUCAGGCUUUUGUAAGAAGACCGGCUGCAGAAAGCGAACGUUGUGCAUUCGGGGAGACGUUGAGGGGACACGCGAAGAAGAAGAGGAAGUCUAAAAAUUUCAUCUCGUCGUAUUUGGACGGAGGACAGUUGAAUCAUGGACGAUUUUGUGUUGAUUUGGUGAUUUUUUUUUUUCCGUGAGCCUUAUUCGCACUCUCAUCAGCAUCGGCCGGGUUGCGUUCACGGACACUCGGGACAUUCCGGCGAUAAGCUUUGUUUCAUUUCCGCAUCCGAAUGCCUUACUAUUACGGCAAAUGUAGUUUUUUCCCUCUUUUUCAUUUCUUUUUUUAACUGAACGUAUGACUCGUCGCUGCUCACUGCCCGCUUCCUUCUCCUUCUCAUCAUCCUCCCGGAGCAGAGACGGCCGAUCCUCGCAGAGGGCAUUACCCACCUCCUCCCCUCCACUAAAGACAUUUUGAUCGUCCUCUACUACUACUCACCCCCCACCCCCCAAUCCCCGUCACCUCCUCCAGGCUCCAGCCGAAGCCGCUCCUCCUCCACCAUGUCCUGGCCGACUCUGACGGACCGGAUCGUCGCCGCGCAGCACAGCAUGAGCGGCUCGGCCAUCAGCAAAGCCGUCUGCAAGGCCACGACGCACGAAGUGAGCGGACCCAAGAAGAAGCACCUUGACUACCUGAUCCACUGCACCAACGAGCUGAACGUCAGCAUCCCUCACCUGGCAGACACGCUGCUCGAGCGCACAGCCAGCAACAGCUGGAUCGUGGUCUUCAAGGCGCUGAUCGCCACGCAUCACCUCAUGAUGUACGGCAACGAGAGACUGAUGCAAUACGUCGCCUCCAGAAACACGCUCUUCAACCUCAACAACUUUCUAGAUAAGGCCGCGCUACAAGGAUACAACAUGUCCACCUUCAUCAGACGAUACAGUCGCUACCUGAAUGAAAAAGCCAUGUCGUUCCGAUUAGCAGCUGUGGACUUUACCAAGAUGAAACGAGGGGCCGACGGCGUGAUGCGCACCAUGAACACAGACAAGCUGAUUAAGACGCUACCGAUCAUUCAGAACCAGCUGGAUGCGCUGCUGGAUUUCCAGCCCAACUCCAACGAGCUGAGCAACGGCGUCAUCAACACCGCCUUCAUGCUGCUCUUCAAAGAUUCCAUACGGUUGUUUGCCGCAUACAACGAGGGUGUCAUCAACAUGCUGGAGAAGUAUUUUGACAUGAAGAAGAACCAGUGCAAAGAGGCACUGGAGCUCUACAAGACCUUCCUCAACAGGAUGACCAAACUCUCGGAGUUUCUCAAAGUGGCCGAGCAAGUUGGGAUAGAUCAGGGCGACAGCCCCGAUCUCACACAGGCUCCCAACUCGCUUCUGGAGGCUCUGGAGCAACAUUUAGCCUCCUUGGAGGGCCGGAAGCUCAAAGACCUCUCAAUUGCCAGCAGAUCCAGCACUUUGUCCAGCACGGUGUCAUCCCUCUCCAGCACCGGGAUCUCCCUCAGUCGAAUGGACGACAAGGCAGAGGACAACAGACUGCAACAACACAAGGAUGACGGUCACAAGAUGAUCGAUAUCCAGACGCCCAACGUGUCGCCCAGCACGCAAUCGGUGGGCAGUGCCAACAGCAGUGGAGGAGCCACGGACCUGUUCUCCAGCUCACCCCUUGUAGCCGUCAACAACCAUGUGCCAAACCUGACCAGUGAGCUGUUCACCCUGCAGCCCCACUUCACCCCGCUUCAGACCACACACACUGUGCCCAACAACAACGCCUGGGGAGGUGACUUGCUCAAGCCGGUCCCACCUACUCAGAUUCACAACUCGGGAGCCCCGCUGCACUCUGGAAAGAUGCUCCCCAGCGAUUUGGACUCGUCAUUAGCCAACCUCGUCGGGAAUUUGCAGUUUGGGGCGACACAAGCCAAAAGGCCCGAGCUGCAGUGGAGUCAGCUGGUAGAAAAGAAGCCGACGGCGGGGAGCGGCUGGCAGACAAAAUCUGUGUGCACCAGCACAAAUUGGACUCAUUCGCCUCAUCCCAUGGCCCCAGCUCCCAUGCCCGUCCCUCAGAUGAACGGGGUGAUCUACACCGGCUAUGCUCCAGCUCCAGUAGCUUUUCCUAUGACGACCCCCCAAGUGCCUGUCUAUGGAAUGCUCACCCCUCAGAUGAGCCAUCAGAUGGGGGGUGUUCCCAUGAUGCCCCCGCAGCCUGUUAUGUACAACCAGCCUGUCCUGAGACCCACCAAUCCUUUCGGACCCAUCCCGGGGACGCAGAUGCACUUCAUGUAGAGACAAUACUGUAACCAUGGCAGCAGAGCUAAGAGCGCCACAGAGGAAGAGUGAAAACAACAGAAGGAUGGCGGAGGAAGAAAGAAGGGGACGCAGAAGGAGGAGAAAGAUUCAACACUCAGUCAUCUUCGUUUCCCAAACCCUGUGCCAACCGGUCCCCCUCCCCACCCCCUAAAAACUCCCAAGAGGCGCCUGAAGCUCAGCGCCGAUAUUCCACUCACAGCUCACACCAUUUGAUUUGGCGAAAACGACCUUUGAUGAUGCUACGACCACCGAAGCUGCUCCAUUGCCACCUCCUGACCUGAUUCCCCCUGCCCCCGGUUCGACCUCCAAUUCAACCCUCCCUCCUGUCCUGGAGUUCAAGUAACUGGAUCGUUUGCUGGCACUUUACUCCAUGUGAACUUUGCCAAGGGUGUGCGUGUGUACGCGUGUGUCCCGUGCGGGAGAUUUUUAUCGUCUUGUAUCCAUUGGUCCAACCAUCAACUUGAUGUCGGAUAUCAUCAGAUUUUUGUAAGCGUUUUUACAUGUCGAUGUUCCGCAUCAUUAAUGUUUUGUAGCCGAAUUUGUUCUAGUUUGCCAACUACACAUUAGACUAACUUGGUGUGGGAGUUGAGGGGCGUGGUGCAGGGGGCAUGCUUUUGUGUGUGUGUGUGUGUGUGUGU